UGGGAGCGGCCUUGCGCGCGGGACUCCAGGAUGAGGCCGGCGCUCGCCCUGUGCCUCCUCUGGCAGGCGUUCUGGCCCCGGCCGGGCCGCGGCGAGCACCCCACCGCUGACCGCGCGGGCUGCGUGGCCUCAGGGGCCUGCUACAGCCUGCACCACGCCACCAUCAAGCGGCUGGCGGCCGAGGAGGCCUGCAGCCUGCGCGGCGGGGCGCUCAGCACGGUGCGCGGGGGCGCCGAACUCCGCGCGGUGCUCGCGCUCCUGCGCGCGGGCCCGGGGCCCGGAGGGGGCUCCAAAGACCUUCUCUUCUGGGUGGCGCUGGAGCGCGGGCGAUCCCGCUGCACCCUGGAGAGCAAGCCGUUGCGAGGUUUCUCCUGGUUGUCCCCCGACGUCGGUGAGUCCGAAAGCGACACGCUGCCAUGGGUGGAGGAGCCCCAACGCUCCUGCACCGCUCGGAGUUGCGCGGGACUCCAGGCCGCCGGGGGAGUCGAGCCCGCGGGCUGGAAGGAGAUGCGAUGCCACACGCGCGCCAACGGCUACCUGUGCAAGUACCAGUUUGAGGGCUUGUGCCCCGCGCCGCGCCCCGGGGCCGCCUCUGACUUGAGCUACCGCGCGCCCUUCCAGCUGCACAGCGCCGCGCUGGACUUCAGUCCCCCCGGCACCAAGGUGAGUGCGCUCUGCCCCGGGCAGCUCUCCGUCACCGCCACCUGCAUCGCGGACGAGGUCGGCGCGCGCUGGGACGGGAUACCCUCCGGGGCCGUGCUCUGUCCCUGCCCUGGGAGGUACCUCCGUGCUGGCAAAUGCGCGGAGCUUCCUAACUGCCUCGACGACUCGGGAGGCUUCGCCUGCGAGUGUGCUCCGGGCUUCGUGCUGGGGAAAGACGGACGCUCUUGUGUAACCAGUGGGGAAGGACAGCCGGCCUCUGGGGGGACCGAGGUGCCCACCAGUCACGCGCCGGCCACUGCAGCUAGCCCCGUGCCGAAGAGAACGUGGUCACCCAGGGUCCAUGAGAACCCAGCAGAGGUACCCCAUACCCCUGGACGAGGCGGUUCAGCAACAUCUAUUCCCGAGAUUCCUCGGUGGGGAGCACAGAGCACGCUAUCUACCCUUCAAACGUCCCCUCAAGUCAAGUCAAAGGCCGCCAUAACCUCUUCGGGAAGCGUAAUGCCCAAGUUUAAUUCCACCUCUUCCUCUGCCAUUCCCCAGCCUUCCCAGCCUUUCGACUCCUCCUCCACCGUGGUCUUCUUACUUGUGAGCAUAGCGGUGGUAGUGCUGGUGAUCUUGACCAUGACAAUGCUGGGGCUUUUCAAACUCUGCUUCCACAAGAGCCCUUCCUCCCGGCCGAGAAAGGGCCGUUUGGCCCCACCGGGCGUGGAGAGUGAUGCUGAGGCCGCUGCUCUGCGCUCCACUUCUGCCCAUUGCACAGACAACGGGGUGAACGUCGGGGACCGUGGUCUGCGGGACAGAGCGGAGCGCGCCUCGCUGACGGAGUCUUCUCUUGGCUCCAGUGAUACGUAGGGAAAAGGGACGAGGAGCACUUCUUGUGAGCAGAGUUUUUCACUUUCAGAGAAAAGGGAAAAGAGGAACUUAUUUGUGGGACUGACGAUUACUGCAGAAAUUCCCCUUCCCCUAAAUUCCCUCUACUGGGCUGAGGAGCUAAAUCUAAACUAGCCACGCCUUCCCUGAAGAUGGAAGAGGUGCAAGUGCCUUAGGGUGGUACUGAGGGCCGGGAUCCCACGGGGGAGAGGUAUUUUCUUGUGUUUAUUCUGGGGGAGUUGGCAAAGUGGUUGAACUUUUUAAGACACUGGAAGCAAAUAGGAAACUGAAUACGAUUUUUAAAAUUUUAUUUUUUACCAAAGUGGGAAGGAAACCUUCUGUGCAGAUUGUUCAGACUGGGAGUAUAUCGGUUUGAAAUUCCCAGGCAAAAAAUAAAGGAUUGUUCAAAACCCAGA